AUGUUUUCUUGUUUCUGUUUCAGCAUUCAGGAUAAUUCCCUCAGCACAACAGCUUUAGCAGAGUGUGACGGGGAUUCAGACUCUGUACAUGAAGAUCAAGCAGCCAGUUCCAGCCCCAGAGAUGAUGAUAAAGAAAAUUAUCCGGACAACACUGCUGUCAUAGAGGAAAGGCAGCUGCCUUUGCAAGAUACUCAGCAGCACAAGCAGCAGGCUGUAAUUGACUACGCCCAAAAGCCUGAAAUGGGCAACUUAAAGCUAAGAAAACCUAAGCCCAUUGCAAAGCUAGAAAAUGGAAAAAGCCAUGAGGAAAGUCAGGAGCUGGAAAGCGCAUUGUCAGGCCUCUCAGAGCGUCAGGGGAAGGCUGGAUCCUCAGCUAACGACUGUGCACAGGAUGUGGCUUUCAGGUGCCAGGAAGCAGUCGUGAGAUUUCAACCAAGAACAGAUCAGAACACAUCCAUUUCACCAACAGAAGCAACUGAGCAAUUUAACAGCUUAAAUGAGAAUUCUUUGUUGAAGCUACAAGCCCUCGAAACCGAUCUGUGCUCUGCCUUUCUGCCAGCCCAGGAAGAAACUCCUCAGCUGCCGGCACCCAAGGAUCCGGCCACUUCGUCAGUCCAAAGCAGCAGCGUGCAAGCCGAUGGGGCCAGCUGUGGAGAGCCUGUGCCAGUCCGCAGAGACUGGCAGAAUGACACGGACAGCAGCCCACAAGAACAUCACUCCCUCGGGACCAGCCGACUGCUGUAUCACAUCACAGAUGGAGACAAUCCGCUCCUGUCACCACGCUGCUCUAUCUUCAGCCAAAGCCAGAGAUUUAAUCUCGACACAGAGUCUGCCCCUUCUCCACCAAGUGCUCAACCUUUCAUGAUGCCACGAAGUUCUUCUAGAUGUAACUGUGAAGAGUGCAAAGAACCACAAACCGUAGCACAACUUACCAAGCACCUUCAGAGUCUCAAGAGAAAAAUCAGGAAGUAUGAAGAAAAGUUUGAGCAAGAAAAAAAAUAUCUGCCUUCACAUGGUGACAAGACUUCCAAUCCUGAAGUUCUGAAAUGGAUGAACGAUUUGGCCAAAGGGCGUAAGCAGCUCAAAGUGCAUGGCUAUGGUCUCCCAAUGACAACAGAUAUUACGUUAUAUGACUUGCCUUCGUUCCUAAAAGCAGGGAUUAAAAGGGCACCUCAGAGAAACGAUCAUUGCGAAAGCACUGGGACCUCUAAAGAGGCCGGGACACAGCAGGCCACAAGCAUGGAACCAGCUCCCUUGGUAGAAGAAACCAUGGAUAGUGUCCUGAGACGGUUAAAGGAGAAAAGACCACACUUCAGCCUUCCCGAGACUAUUAAGGAUAUAAAAAAAAAGCAAAUGGCUUUGGAAAAAGUCAGUCUUCAGAGAUGUCUGCUAUAUUUUGAGAGUAUUCACAGACGACCUGUAACUAAGCAAGAAAAGAGUCUCAUGAAGCCUCUUUAUGACAGAUACAGAAUUAUCAAGAAACUUCUUGCAACUCCAUCUUUGAUCACAACAAUUCAGGAGGAGGAAGACUCAGAUGAAGACCAUUCUCAAAGCAGCCAUGAGUUAUCAUCUGGUCCAAUAUCUUGCCUCCCUGUCGAUGAGCACCUGUGUUACUCUCAGGAGGAGAAUGAGCCUGUACACGUUUCACCUCUGGAUGAAAAGAAAGUUCUCAGGCAAACAGCCUUGUCUAUGUCCAAUUUGCAUGAGGCAACAAUGCCCGUUCUGCUUGAACAUCUCAGAGAAACAAGAGCAGAUAAGAAAAGGCUUCGCAAAGCUCUCAGAGAGUUUGAGGAACAAUUCUAUAAACAGACAGGAAGGAGUCCUCAAAAAGAAGAUCGCGUGCCAAUGGCUGAGGAAUACUCUGAAUACAAGCACACAAAAGCCAAAAUCAGGCUCUUGGAGGUUCUCAUCAGUAAGCAUGACAUUUCCAAAACGAUUUGAAGCAAAUGUAAUGCCGUGGUAUUGUUCUCUAGCGAAAACCAAGCAAACAAACACGUAAUGAAAAAGAGGAAGUAAUUUUGCAGGUCUUGGUCUGCUGCACAAUUAUUUGACACACUGAGAUUUCUUGAUGCACUUUACCAAUUACACUAGCUGGGACGAGAGAGGACAGCAAUAUGCAAGAAUAUUAAGCACGGGUGAGUGGACUACAGUAUAUAUUUUUUUUCCUUUUGAAAAAUCCUUGAAGUGCACUGUGAGAACGUUAGCAAUUAAAAGGACACUGAAGUAUAGUAGAUCCUGAGUUUGACCUGCUCUUAGUUUUAAAAAGUGUGAGGAAAU